AUGGCCGCCGGUGGGGCGGCGUCCAUGAGCCCGACCAGCCCAGUCAGCUCCCGCCAUGGUCAUGGUAACAGCAACGGAGCCAACAAGCGAAAGAGGAGCAGCAUGGCUGGGCUGGAGAGCAGUCCUGGUAGUAAUCUUGACGACCAUGAUGCCGAUAACGAAAAGAAGCGCCAGCCCGGCGUGAAGCGGGCCUGCAACGAAUGUCGUCAGCAAAAGUUGCGCUGUGAUGUCGUGCAGGAGCCCUUCCAAAGUUGUUCCAGGUGUAACCGCCUCAAGCUCGAGUGCAAGAUCGAGUCCAACUUCAAGCGCAUCGGCAAACGCUCCAAGCACGCCGAGAUGGAGAAGGAGAUUGAUCGCCUCCGCCGCAACAUCGCCCGCGCAAAGUCUCAGGGGUUUGUCCCCGAGGACGUUGACGACAAUGUCAACUCCCCCAUCACACCGAGCAAUCCGACAUACACUCAUACCCACACUCGGAACCCGUCUCUGAUGGGGUCUGACGAGGCCGUAUCGUCUCUACUACAUCUCAAGCGGGGAGGCAACUACAACGUGCCUCGAUAUACUCACGAGCUGGAGAAUGUCCAAUUGACCGAAGAGAAUGUCAACAACCUCUUCAACGAAUUUUUCGCCUUCUAUCAUCCUUUCCUGCCCUUCCUCAACCCACAGCAGGCUCCCGACCUCUACUAUCAGCAACAUCCACUGCUCUUCUGGUCCAUCGUCUCAGUUGCAGCCCGACGCUUCAGUCCGGCAAACGUGCCCAACCUGCUCAACAAUCUCUCGGGACCCCUGACACGAUUCCUGUGGUCGACGAUUGGGGAGGUACCAAGCAACUACUAUGUGGUCAAGGGUAUGUGUCUGUUGUGCACCUGGCCACUGCCAACAAGUACGACGUCGUCCGACCCAACACACAUUCUGUGCGGUGUCAUGAUGAAGACGGCGACCGGAAUAGGACUUCACCGGCCCAACCACAUUCAAGACUUUUCCAGAGUGUCAGUGGAGUUGAAUAAGGAGCAACUGAGCGACCGUGUGACAACAUGGGCCGUUUGUAACAUUGUUGCGCAGUCGGUCGGAACGGGAUACGGCCAACCAGCAUCGACACUCUACGACUGGACCUUGGCGCUGAGGCCGGGAGAUGACAGUGCCUUUCAACUCUCACGGGAGCUCGAAGCUAGACUGCAGAUUGAGAGGUUCUGCGACAAGGUCUCCAAGGAGAUGUAUAGUAAUGCAAGCGAUCCGCGGGGGGUUGCCGGCGAUGAGCAUCGUGCCAUGCUCAUGCGCGUCUAUCGCCGGGACUAUGCAGAGUUGCACGCCUCGAUCCUGUCUCAGGAGCUGGGACCCAUCAUCAACCUUCACCUGAGAGCCGGAGCUCUUCACAUGCGUCUGGCGGGCUUCUUCGAUUCCAGCAAGACACCGGGCUACAUGGACGAUCUGAUGGGUCUUUGGCGAGCCACAACCAGCUUCCUCGAUGAUGUCUUGGAGAUUGACAAGGUGACGAGCCCCAGAGAGACGAUGGGGGGUACGAUUCUUCUUCACUGCAGCAACUACAUUGGACAGAUGAUGGUUGCGGCGGGCUUUGCGCUUCUCAAGCUCAUGAGGUCGUUCUUUGCAAAGACUAUUGAUUUCCAGCGCGGACGAACCCUGUUUCACCAGACUAUCCGAGCAAUCCGAGCAACCAGCGUGGUCAACAACGAUCUACAAUGGCGUCUGGCAGAGCUGAUGGUGCAGAUGUGGAACGGAGCUCGACUAGACAACAACCAGCAGUCGUUCAAUAGCAACGACGACUCCCCGAUCCAGAUGGAUGACAGCCUCCAACUCAAGGUGCGAUGCCGGCACAGCAUGAGCUUGGUGUUUGACUCUGUCUGGAGGUGGAGGGAAGACUUCCAGGCAAUGGGGCGAGGUACUAUCGAUGCAGCCAAGCAACCGACAAAUCCAGAUUCGGCUAAUGAGUCUUCAGCAUCUUCGACACACAUGGACAGCACCUUGGUACCGUCACACACGCUCCCUCCAUCGAGCCUACUCAACACAAACACCAACGGGUCCCUCACGCCCGGGGCGACAGGGCUGUCGGCCGUGUCAUCGGCCCAGAACAGCAUGAUGGGCAUGGCGGCGUACGACAACAACACCAACUACGACUUCUUUGACCCCCAGCACUGGAUGUUGGAUGGUCUCCUUGACUUUAACUACACGUUCGUGCCUCCCCUGGAAGGCGCAUAG